GAGGAUUGGAAGGCUGAGCGUAUAAAGCCGCGCAGAGAGCGUGAAACAAAGCAGUCGGAUCGGAAUUGGACUCGGGAGGAAGCGCGGCGCGGAGUCAGGCAUAAAAACUUGUUGGAGGGGAGAAAGGAGCCAGCUCCUCCAGCUCUCCUGGUCUGCGCCGUGCUUCAGGGAUUCCCACCAGCCUUGCCACUUAUUUUUUUAUAUCUGCUUUUUUAUAUAUAUAUAGAGAGAGAAACAUACAUAUAUAUAUAUUUUUUUUUCCUCUUAAGAGAAAAUUCCUGUUCUAAGAGAAAAUAAGACAAGAUCAAUGAAGGAGAGAAGAGCCAGCCAGAAAUUGUCCAGCAAAUCUAUCAUGGAUCCUAAUCAGAAUGUGAAAUGCAAGAUAGUAGUGGUGGGAGACAGUCAGUGUGGGAAAACCGCGCUGCUGCACGUCUUCGCCAAGGACUGCUUCCCCGAGAAUUACGUCCCCACGGUGUUUGAGAAUUACACGGCCAGUUUUGAAAUCGACACACAAAGAAUAGAACUGAGCCUGUGGGACACUUCGGGUUCUCCUUAUUAUGACAACGUCCGGCCCCUCUCUUACCCAGAUUCGGAUGCUGUGCUGAUUUGCUUUGACAUCAGUAGACCAGAGACCCUGGACAGUGUCCUAAAAAAGUGGAAAGGUGAAAUCCAGGAGUUUUGUCCCAAUACCAAAAUGCUCAUGGUUGGCUGCAAAUCUGAUCUUCGGACCGAUGUCAGCACGUUAGUGGAGCUCUCCAACCAUCGACAGACACCAGUGUCCUAUGACCAGGGGGCAAAUAUGGCUAAGCAGAUUGGAGCAGCCACUUACAUCGAAUGCUCGGCAUUACAGUCAGAAAACAGUGUCAGAGACAUUUUUCACGUUGCCACCUUGGCGUGUGUAAACAAAACAAAUAAAAACGUUAAGCGGAACAAAUCACAGAGGGCCACAAAGCGGAUUUCACACAUGCCCAGCAGACCAGAGCUCUCAGCUGUGGCUACGGACUUACGAAAGGACAAAGCGAAGAGUUGCACUGUGAUGUGAAUCCCCCGUUACCUUUGAUGAGGACAAGGAACUUUGGUGUAAAAAAAAAACAAAAUCACACUAACAACAAAACAAAAAGGUGAAGUCUGAAUGAAGUGCACAGCCGAAAGUCACAUAUUCCGGAGGCUUAGGAGGCAUUUGAGAGGAUGCUCAUCUUUUUGGGAUCCUGUCCUUAGGUUCGGCAUGUAGAACAAGCGGUGAGAAGUGAAUACAUUGGAGAGUUCUGAAGUGUGACUUGAGAAAUAUGCCAAAAAGAGAGAGAUUCAGAUGGGCUAGAGGUUAGAUGAGGAGGAGUGCGAGUACCUCCAGGAAGAAAAAUCCCGCUCGGAAUGGUGCUUGCAUUAUUGUUUUCUUUGUUAUAAUCUAGUCAUAGAUCUCUACUUUGAUUUAAAUGUUUCAAUCUCCUUACAAAAAAAGUAUAUAUUAAUAUACCGUCCUCACUGGGGAACUGGCACUGUGACCUUAGCGUUUAGUUUUCUAGAGGAUGAGAUCUAAUUUCCUUCUAGCUCAUCAUUAAAAUGGAAAUUGUAUCAGGACCCUUGGGAUAUCCAGAGGAAAAGUUGGCGAGGCUUUGAAAUCUUGCCUUCCUGACAGUAGCUGAGAGAGAGGGCUCUAAAGAAGGGCUUUUGCAGUCUUGCAAGAUAUGCAGAUGAUCCAAGUAGAAAUAAGUGUCGAUUUUUAUUCAGUCUGAUGGUUCUGUUCAUCAUUGUGAUUGUCAUUAAAAAGUGGUAAAUUGCUCAAGGUAAUAUUUUUGUGCGCUGUUUAGAAGAGAGGGAGUGUGACUUUUUUUUUAAUUUUUGAUAUUUUUUUGUCAUGGUUAAUGAAAAUGCAAAGUCAAAUAAAAGGUGUUUUGGUUUGACAUCAUAGGAUGAAUGAUCUGAGGGGGGGGGGAAUGUAGGUACUAUUUUCACCUGAAGAAAUAAUGAAGGAAUAGUAGCAGAAAGCACAGUUUGUGAGUAAAGCUGUCUGGAAUUGUUACCAAAAGUACAAAGCGAAAGCGGCCUCUUAUUUGGGGGAUGAAGCUCUGAAGCUGGCAGCAUCUGAUGAUCGGUUGGUUUAGCUCGCUUUCUUUAAAUGAGCACGAUCAGAGAAGGACCUUCUUGUCCAAGCUUUAGCGUAGCCUUAGUGGAAAAUUAUGUACGGUCCGUCCUGACACUAUGCUAGCCAUUUCUAGAGUGAUUGCUAAACCUCACUUAGCCAGAUUCUGCCAAGGCCCCUGUUCAGUACUUGAUCUCUGUUGUUAGCUAAAAUAAUCAGCAGUUACAAUAGUUUACAGAUAUUUUUGAUCAGUUUCUUUUAGAGCUUCUUUCAGAGUAUAAACCCGAUCUGACCUGUUGGCGCUUGUUGAAAACGAGCUUUCUUUCCAAUGAUAAAGCUUCAUUUUUGAAGUGUUGAAGCUCUCGCUCCCAUUAAAUAGUGGCAGGAGAGGAGAUUAAGGUGAUUACAAACUUAGUUCAAUGUUUUACAAGCACUUUGUUUUGUCUCUGCAAGGAAAUACCAUUCCAGUCAUUUCCCACAAAAUAUAGACGUUUCUACCAACAUAAUAUGCUUUGACUGAGGCAGCAUUAUGCUUUGGGCAGUAUUACAAAAUAGCUGGCAAGUGCUUUCUGUAUUUAAAUAUUGUAAAAAGAAAAUAAGUUAUAACUGUUAAAAAGCAGAACUUUCGUUGCAUUUUUUAAAAUGUUGAAGUCAAUUUGUAUGUUUGUUUGGUCAAUGUUUCUGCAGUAUUUAUUAAAACAUAUUUUUCCCCCCUUCAAAUAAAAAAGUAACCAUGUCUUCGUCUAAA